AUGCCUCUUUCGUAUACGAAAUCGUCUCAGUUGAUUUCUGUUAAAUGGAGUGCUUCCCAUUUUCCGAAUAAUCUCACUGUCCUACGUUCUGCGAAAUCACGAAUGGCGACGUACGGCGUUUCGCAUAAAAGUGGCUUUGCUAUGGUGACAGUUUCUGAAGACGGAAAAAAACAAAUUCACGGGCAGGUUAUCACUCGAGCAAUAGGCACUAAUAAUACGCCUGCAGCAGACAAUGAUGCUCGAUAUAUUGCUCAUGUUGUACAAGCAGCAUUUAUCAGUCUACCAGUUCGAAGUAUAUUGGUUUUGGCUUGUACAAAAAGUAUUCAAAUUUAUGAUCCCGAGGGAACUGCAAAUUUACAUAUUCAUAUGCUCGAUAAAACCCCACCGGGACGAAUCGAAGCAUCGACAUAUUCUCGCGGUAUUGUCGGUAUAAGCCAAAAUUUACUCUGUGUUGGUAUCCACAAUGGUGACAUUCUCGUGUUUAAUAUUCCACCCAAAGGAACAAAUAUUUUCGUCAAAGAGACACUUUCAGGUCAUCAAUGUGGUAUCACAGGUUUAGUUGCAAAUGAUGAAUACUUGGUUUCGAGUGACACUAGUGGCAUGAUUCUUAUAUGGAAUGUCGGUACGAUGUCGCAGAUCAGUAAUAUUCAACCUACGAGCACCGGAGGUAUAACAACAUUAGCAAUGUGGAAGAACUGUGUUAUAGCAGGUUAUGCUAACGGUAUGAUCCAGAUUUUCGAUGUUGAGAAUGCGCAAAUCGUCGGUUCAAUCACUGCACAUUCGCGAUGUAUCAACGCGAUCGAUUGUAAUGAUGAAGGAUUAGUUGCGUCCGUCAGUGACGAUUGCUAUGUUAGAGUUUGGCAACUAACCGGUGAUGCCGAAGAUCUACAAAUAAAUCAUGAAUGUAAUCAUCAAAUUGAGAACAGUCAAUUAGUAGGUGUGAAAUUUCUGCAUUCCUCUCAAGCUGAUAUCGCCAUUUCCAUGUACGAUUCCAAUGAAGUGAUAGUCCUUCGUGCAUAA